UUAUUUUUAAUUUUCAGUUUUAAGACAAAAUUUUUUUUACUAUUUCACACAAUCCACAACUGUUUUUUCCUUGAUAUUUUACUCAAUUGGUUUUUUGGGUUGUGUGUGUCUUUUGGUGGAGGAAUGCUUGUCACCUACUCUUUGCUUUUAAGCAAUUCCCCAAUCUCUUUGUAUCACCAACAAGACCUUUGUUUUUGGGUUCUUGUUGUGUCUCUGUUGCUUGAUUUUUCCUUAUGGAGAGGCACAAAUGCAAGCUCUGCACCAGAAGUUUCACUAAUGGCAGAGCUCUGGGUGGUCACAUGAAGGGUCAUUUAGCCACUCUUCCUCUUCCAAAGAAGACUCAGCAAUCCGUUGACACUACAAUCGAAUCAGCCGCAUCUGCAUCUUUAGAAGAAGAAGAGAAGAACAGAGGAGGAGGAGGAGGAGAAGAGAAAGGGUUGGUUUAUGGGUUGAGGGAGAAUCCAAAGAAGAGUUUCAGAGUUGCAGAUCCUAAAUUUUCUUUUGUUGCUGAACCUCAUGGGACUUGUGUUGUUGUCCAAGAUGGAGAGAGUGAGACUGAGUCAAGAAACCCAACUCGGAGACGAUCUAAGAGGAAUCGGAAAUUCGAGAAUCAGAAGAUGAAAUUUGAAACCAAGAAGGCAAAGCAGAGCGGCAAACAGAGUUGGGUUGAUAAUAACAAUGAGUACCAGUCCUCGCCGGCCGAUCCAGAACCAGUGAGUUCUGUUUCUGAUGCUUCACCUGAAGAAAAUGUUGCUAUGUGUCUCAUGAUGCUUUCGAGGGAUUGUUGGAUGAAGGAACAAGAUCAAAGAUCGGUCGAGAAAUCCAAAGAGACCAAAUUGAGCAAGAAAAUUCGUUGCGAGAAAUGCAAGAAGGGUUUUCGAUCUUUGCAAGCAUUGGGUGGCCAUAAGAGAAUUUGCGAGCAAGGUAAAAUUCCUGCUAAUGAGAAGAUUUUCGAGUGCCCAUUUUGCUUCAAAGUAUUUGGUUCAGGACAAGCACUUGGUGGACACAAGAGAUCCCACAUUUCAGCUUCUUCAACAAGUUCUGCAACAACUCCUACCAAACUGGAUGCAGUUUCAGCUGUUUCGAUAGAUCUUAACUUACCAGCUCCAAUGGAGCAAGAUGAGUAUAGUGUGGUUUCUGAAAAAUAACCAUAGACUUGAUUUUUAGUUGGGUUUAGUGAACUAUUUGAAAAUUCUACUUAGUUUUCUGAUUCA